AUGGAGGAAAUCGCUGGACUAAAGGAAUUGGUCGCUCAGCUCCAGGCGGAGAAUCGGAGGCUUCAGGAACAGCAGAACCAGGAUGGAGCUCGACCUGGGACGUCAAGCUCCACGUCCACCUCUGAUUCCAGUCCUAUUGGGAACGACUCCAAUGCCCCGAUCCUGGCCAUUGACUUCACCAUUCUGGAACCCUCACAGAAUGGCAUGGAGAAUGUGAUGGUCAUGACGGACGUCUUCUCAAAGUACACCCAAGCCGUGUCCACCAGAGACCAGAGGGCAUCUAAUGCUGCCAGAUUGCCAGUCGACUUCAUUCUUGGGCGCAUCGAGGAGCCGGUCGCAGGUACUGUUCAAGAGUGGAUUGUCGAACAUCAACGGCGACUAAAGCAUGCCUUUGACGAAGCAAAAAGGCACCUGGACGCGGCGGCGGUACACAGGAAAACAAACCAUGAUGCAAAGGUCCGCGAUCAGCCGUUGGCACAGGGUCAGCUGGUCUACUUGAAAAAUGUUGGAAUCCGAGGCCGCCACAAGAUCGAAGAUUUAUGGAGCUCUGUAGUGCACAAAGUCGUAACUGCACCCAAACCUGGAGGUUGCGUGUACACUAUCGCUCCGGUCAACAGUCCUGGACAAGUAAAAAAUGUCUAUCGGUCACUGAUAAAGGGCAAAGUGGAUCAACCGGCACCACCUCCUAUGGAGCCCGCGCCAGUUCCUAUCGCCACGGCACCCGAAGGGCCACUGGCCGAGGGAGAGUGGUUUCUUAGAGUAGAGGAACCGGUUCGGCGCGGCACCACACCCAGGACCUCAGUACCAGCUUCGUCAGGUCAGUCACCUGUGCCCACAUCAACGGGCCGCGAGUCAGAGCCAGCUCCUUCCGUCACAGACCCACCGAGUGAUGAGGAUGCCCCUCCAAGGAGGACCACUCGGGCCACGGCCGGAAGACACCCAAAUCGCUACCACCUUCCCCAACCAGUAGGGAGUAAUGCAAUAGGGGCUACAAACUCGCAAUUGCCCGCACCCAGUACAAGAGUGUUCCGGCCAUGGCAGUAA